UUGAACUUAUCUACCUACGCAACUCAACUUGGGUAAUUUGAUUCGGUACGACUUAAACAUCGCCAUGCACACUUAUUGGCCGGGCUGUUAAAACUUGAUAGUGUGCGCCAGUUCUCUUCUCAAUAGACUUGGGGCAUGUCCAAACGCAGCCGGCACCGUGAACCAUGACCGAUGAUGCUGGCGCCAGCUCUACCGCCGGGGUUUCAGGGCAAUCUUCGCGCCCGUCCGGCAGUGGAACCCGGCGUCGCCGGUCGGAUUCGGUCGCGCAGAGGAGAAAGGCCGGGCUGCAGAGGAAGUUCCAGUUCAUGACGUCGCUCAUGAUGGAUCUUGACUCUCUUGUAUACGCAGAGAUAUGUCUUUUGUACUAUAUGGAUGUCUCCAUCUUCCGCCUCCUCAUCCGCCUGGCGGUGCAGUCCUUCUUCCUCAGCCCAAAGUCUGACGAGUUCGUGCUGCUGAUGCCGACGCACCGACCGCACACGGCCGCCGUCCUGGUCCCCAACCUCUUCUGCAUGCUCAUGCACCUGCUGUGGACGCUACCCAAGGGGAGCGAGGCCUCGCGCGGCUACCUGCACGGCGGCGUCAUCAUCGACUUCAUCGGCGAGAAGGCGCCCACCUCCAAGCUCAAGCUGCUGCUGCUCGACGCAGUCAUCCUGACCCUGCAGUGCGUCAUGGUCGCCGUCCACUCGGAGAGGGAGAGGCUGCGCGCCGUCGUCAAGCCCCGGGUGUCGCGGUUGCUGGCCGAGGUGGCAGCUGGCGUCGGUGGUGGUGAUGCCACCGCCGGGACGAGGGCAGAGGCCACCAUGGAGGCUUAUGAUGCCGAGGAGAGAGGGGUGGCCAGGGAUGGUCCACAUGCAGGCGAUGCGGCCGAGGAGAUGGACCCGCCGUCGCUGCGGUCUGGGCGGAGGCCGCCGGAUAUGCGCGACUACAUGAUGUCGGGAAACGCUGUUAUAGGGGAUUUUCACGUGCUGCAUUCCGUCCGCACUGUCGGGCACGACUACCAGGCCGCUGCGGCUCAGUCCCUGCAGACUAUUGGGUUCGCUGCCGAGCUGGCGAGGCUUGCUACACGGCCGGGGUCAAGAUUGGCGAGGCUUGGCGCGGUGCAGCGCAGGCAGCAGCAGCAGCAACAACAACAACAGCAGCAGCAGCAGCAGACAGACGGAGUUGUUUAGUGAAAAAUCACAGAAAACCUUGUCGCCUCGAUGGAAACCAAUGGCCGUGGGAAACGUGAAGCUCUAUUAGUGGGUAUAAUGGGUAUACUGAAUGACAUGCUCAUGCUAUCUUGCGUCCAACGUUGCCGACGCCGGUGCCCUUGACCGAGAUUAACAUGUCGUCGGUGUCAUCAUCGUCCACUGCCCUCAAACCCCAACUGCUAGCACCGAAUUUCCGCAGAUCCCUCGCCAGCCCGAUCGUAUCUUCAUCCACCACGUCCUUGCCUAUCCUCAACCGGCCGACAUCCUCCGAUCCCAUCGCCAUCAAGGUCAAUACAGAGCGCGCAGCCGCCCAACUCACGCAUCCACCCUUGGCGAUGGCCUCAAGAAGCUGAUGUGCGCAUUGUGCGCCCAGGUCCUCUGGCAGGGCGCCGCCCCUCGCCGGGGAGACGACGUCGGCCGAGUAGACGACGCCCGGGACGCUCGACUCAGCCACCAGGCUGAGACCGAAGCCGAUUCCAAUCUUGUUCUUGGCGUCGUCCUUGCCCGGCGGCGCCUCGCCAAUCUUGAUCUCGCCCGUCAGCGCGUUCAGAACCCCCCUGGCGGCGUGUAUCAUCCUCUUGUUGUUGGAAGCCGAGACGCCGGUCGAGUAGGCGACGCCGCCGAUCCUUCUUAUCCUGCCGGGGGUCCGGUUCAUGUGCAGGGUCUUGGGCAGGCGGACCUGGCUGGCGAAGCGUAGCUCGACGACGCCGCCGCCCCUCCUGUCGCCGUAGCCCGCACACGACCGCUGGCGGACCAGAAUGUCGAUGCGGGCGGGUGGGAUGCCGAACAGGCCGUAGAGCGGGAGGAUUGCCAGGCGGAACGAGUCGACCGACAUGUCGCCCAGCUCGGUCGCGGCGGUAAUGACGCCCGGGCCGGAGAAGCAAAUGUUGACGUGGGCCUUGGAGAAGGGAGCCAGCAUGGCGAUGGGGAUGAGGUAAUAGGUGAUGCCGCGGCGGUUCGUCUCGGGCAGGGAGAAUUCGAUCGAGUCCCCGUUGACGGCGGCGCCGGCGCCCGGCACGCUGCCCGUGAUGAGCCCCGGGUGGUACGUCAUGGUGGUACCCGUGUAUGAGAUUUGGAUGGAGCUGCCGUUGGUGACGGUCUCGAGGAGGCGGAGGAAGGAGAUCUCGUGCGGGGCGAGACCGGGAGCCGUCGGCGACGAGCUGCGGAUGCCCGAGAUGUGGACCGGCUUGCCGGUGAGCGUCGACAGGACCAGGCGCUGCGUGAGGUGCCGGUGGCCCGUGAACCGGACGUAGCCCGGUGCGGAGGCUGUACUGGCCAUAUUUUGUGUGUUUGUAUAUGUAAUGAAUGAAUUGAUUGUGUGAAUUCUUUGGGGGCAGUGUUAUUUUUCUUUCAGUUCUUUCCGCUUAAAAACUAAUC